AUGGACACGCAGGUUGGCAAUAAAUUUCGCCUCGGUAAAAAGAUUGGGGGAGGAUCAUCUGGGAAGAUUUACAAAGGUUCCUUUUUUCUUGUAUUUUCAUUCUUUUCUCUUAGCUUUGAUUCUAUUUAUGCUCUCCAAGGUGUCGUCGCAAGAUUUCAAAUUUUUCCGAGGAACUUCUAACUUGCCCCUAUGCAGGGACUGAUAUCCAAACAAACGAAGAAGUGGCCAUUAAACUUGUAAGUUUCUGCUGUUGGAUGGAUCGUUAUCCUGGAACUUUCUUAAUAUGUCCCAACAUGCGUUAUUCUGCAACUUUGAUUAUAUUUUACUGAAUAAACAAGCAAUUAUUUAUUUAUUCUUUUGAUUUUUGGAUGUAGAUGUAAAUUGAAGAUUAUGACGUAUUUAACCCAUUUUUUUAUUGUGAAAAUUUUAGGACAUUGACUUCUUUAAAUGGGAGAUAAUUUUCUAUUAAAGUUUUCAUCACGAGUUGUAGUUUAUCUUCUUCAUGUUACAUUGGAGCUAUUUAGACAUGUGGGGUUUUGUGCUUUUCUAUGCAUGAUUGAUGGUGGUUGAUGUUUUUAUUAUUUUUCUUCUUCAAUAACUUAUAAACCGUUAAUUUAUCAAUACUUAGUAAACCUUUUUGUUUUCUUUUGAGGAGUCAUAAAGAACAGCAUUUGAUUUUCAAAAUAAAUAAUAUGUUGUACAAUUUCGUGGAGAUGUUUUCAAUUCUGAGUAAACCUCCAUCAUAUGCCCAUGUUAAAGUGAGAGUAGACACACUUUAACAUAUUCGACAAUUGUUGUUUUCAUAUAGUAUAUUUUGUGAGAACUCUAUAGAUUUUGUUGAGUUAUGGACUAACUCAAUAUUAUUUUGAUGACUUCUAGUCAUUAAUUUAAAAUCAUGAAAUUGAUGAUAUAAAAUGUAAAUUUAGAUGAAAAAUUGAUAUUUUGGAUGAGAUUAAAUAGCCUAGAUUAUGAGUACAUAUAUGCAAGAGAAUUUCAACCUAAAGGCUAAGGUAUAGAAAUAUUAAAUAUUAGAAUACAUAUAUUUCUCAUGCUCUAGACCAUGGGAAAUAACUCAUACUAUUUCAAAUUCUCAUCAUAGAUAGAAAUAUUAGAAUAUUUUAAUAUAAAUAUAAUAAAUAGUCUAUAUGAGGUAAAUCUAUCAUAAUCUUAUAUGAAAGUUCUAAUAUUUGAUUUUUUUUUAUCAAAUAACUUUGCUUAUACAUGCAUAUGAGUAACUAAUAGAAAGUUCUUUGAAUGAGGAGUCAAAUUAAAUAAAUUUGAAGAAAAAUAUCUAGGUACUGUCAUAGACAUGAAAAUUCAACUAAUUAUAGAAAACUAAUUUAAAGAGGAAUUAAAAACUAAAAAACAUACCAGAACUUAAAGUAUUAAGGGAGUUAUUUUAAAAAAAAAUUACAAUCAUUUUUCUAUAUUUUAUAGAGCCCAAUUAUUUGACUCAAUAUGGGCCAAAAGGGAGUGUUCUAGCUUAACUUAGGAAGGGACAUUCCACCCAAAUAGGGUAAUAAGAAAAUAUAUAAUUUUUAAAUAGCAAAGGCCAUUUCCAAAGAUAUUUCUCCUCUCAAAUUUCAAAGAACCAAAUACAAAAUCAAAUUACUUAAAGGGUGUUGUGACUAUCAUUUGGAGUGUCAAAUACUUCUUCCUUCAACCCAACAUUGAUCAAGUACAACAACUCAUGGUGUACCAAAAUGAAUUUGAAGAUUAUGGUAACUUCAUUUUAGUUGUUUGUUUGUUUUUUUUUUUUGAUCUGCAAUAUGUGAAUAAGUUGAAACACUCAUAGUAUGUUAUCACUGUAGUCACAUAGGUUGUGAUGUACUUGUGGUGUGCUUGCAAUGAAAAAAAUCUAGGACUGCAAAGAUCAGAGUUAUAAGUGAGGUAAUCACAUGCCCAUGAAAUUUAUUGAUGUGAAGGGUUCUUAAUCUGUAUAAAAUCAAGUGUAUUAUGAUAGUAGAAUACUAGAAUUGAGGUGAUUUUCUCAAAAGUGGAUGUAGCCCAAAUGAAUUUGGUCAAACAACUAUAAAAAUCCAGUGCUCACAUUAUUCUUAAUUUAUCUUAUAUUUAUAUAUCAUAAAAUGAAAAAUAUUAUAAUUAAUUAUUAAAAAAAUAGAAAUCAAUUCACCCCCUUCCCUCUUGAUUUAUCUAGCCAUCUAGUGAGCUAUAAAUUUCCCACAAAUUAUGACAUCAUUAUGGUUGGAGCCAUAAUGAUGGUGAUUUGUGUUGAUUGUUAGAUGACUUGAUAAAUCAAAAGGAUAUGGGGUGAAUUAAUUUUUUCAUAUUUUAUUUAAUUAAAUAUAAUAUUUUUAUUUUUAUAUAUUAAUGUUAAAGUAUAGUUAUAAACUAAUAUAUAAUUACGAGAUAAUCAAGACGAAUUUUUGAACAUCUGAUUUUAUAAUAGUUUGACCAAACUCUUUUUGCCUACAUCCACUUUUGAGGAAUCCACUUAGAUUUUACUAUUCCACUAUUAGAAUACAAUUGAUUUUGUUGAAAUCAAGAACCGCUUACAUCUCUAGGCUUUGUGACCCUAUAACCUCUAUACCUAGAACAUUCAACUUAGAAGUUAUAGAUCCUUUUGUUCUAGACAUGCCACACAAGCUUGAAUGACCCAUGUGAUUAUGUUAAUGACACAUCACAUACAUUACAAAUCAAAAAUAAAAAUAAACAAACACUAGAAUGAAGUUGCCAUAGCCUUCAAAUGUUUUUUCGGUGCACCGACAAUUGUUGGGGUACUUAAGAUGGGAUGAAGUGUUUUAAACUCCAAAUGACAUCCAUAGUUCUCUUCAAACUACUUAAUUUUGCUUUUAAUUGUUCAAGACUCGAGAAGAGGUGACGCAAAAGAAGAACAUCUUUUGAAACAUCCAUCAUCAUUUGAAGAUCCUUUAUUUUUAUUACUAUCUAAUUUGGACAAAAUGUCUCCUUUUAGUUUUUGGCCCUAAUUAAGCCAAAUGUUUGGAUUUAGGUGAUCCUUAACAAACUAUGUGUGGAUCUUGAAAAAUACACAAAAAUGACAUAAGGUUUGAAAAAAUGAUAACUCUCUUAAUACUAUGAAUUUUGAUGCAUAGUAUUUAGAUUUGAAUUCCUCUUUUGGUAAGCUUUCCAUUGAAUACUUGAAAACCUAAAUUUGUAAUAUAUUUUCUUAGAUAAAAUCAUUUUAGUUAGAUAAGUUAAACUUUCAAAUUAUUUUGUCCUUAGGCAAAAAUAUUACUUUAGUAGUAUUUUAAAAUCAAUUAUAAAUCAAUCACUUAAUAAUUUUCUCCAAAAUUCAUUCCAUUUGACUCCUCAUUCAAAGAGAUUUCUGUUAGUUACUCAUAUGCCUAUAUUGUUGAAGUCAUAUGAUACAUAAAAGACUAAAUAUUUACUUCAUACAUAUAUUUUAUUGUAUUUAUACUUAGAUAUUUUAACAUUUAUGUCUCUAAUGAGAAUUUUGAAAUUGUAUGAGAUAUUUUUUACUGUCUAAGUUAUCAAUUUAAUAUUUAUACAUCUUAGUCUUUUUAUUAAAAUUUCAUUCAAUAUAUAUACUAAUAAUCUAUACUCUUUAAUCUCAUCCAAGAUAUCAAUCUCGAAUUAACUUUAUAUUUCAUAUCAUAAAAUGAUUUUAUAUUAAUAUUUAUAAAUUAUCAAAAUAAUUUUGAUUUAACUCAUAACUCAACAUUUGAGUUUUGUGCUUAAAUUAUUUUUUUCUCUAUAAAAUAAGUUUGAAUUGUAAUAUCCUCUUUGGUGUCACAAUUUCAUUCUAAAACUUGUAUGCUUUUGCUGUUGGAGGUAUCUAUGUUUGAUUUUUUUAGUUUCAUGAAACUAUUGAGAAGCUUUAAAAUAAAUCAAUACACUAGAUGAACUUUCAUAAUUUGAAUCAUCAGCCUCUCCUCAGGUUCUUAGACUAAAUAUCUAUACAGUCGCAUGUAUAGGAAACCACAAAAGUUUAAAUAGGGACUAGUAAUUCUACGACAUGGAUCGAUGGAAAUUAUUUGAAUAUAGAUUUGGUGGGCCUCGUAUUAACACAAAAAAAGUAGGUCUAGUCUGUUCUUUGUGGUUGUCAUUUGAAGACAACUAUUUGGUAGUUUCCAUAUAAAUAACUAGAUAGGGUUGAUGCAUUUCUAUCAAAGAAGUGUGCCCAACAAAUUACAAACAUUUGGACUUCUUGAAACGUUGUUCUUAUUUCUAUCAAUUACCUAUGGGAACAUUGGGAAUUUUUUAUAUUUUUUCCACAAAUUCGUACAUUUUCCUUCAUUAGUACAGCUUAUUUUUUCAUGUGGUAGAGUUUCUAUCUUUGAAAGGCUAUGUCCAUCGUCUUAAAAAUAAUUUCUCUUUCUUAUCAAAGAAGUGGAUAUUACUCUAUUGACCUUUAAUUCCUUUUGCCAAUAUGUUCUCCUAUCUUGUAUUAAUAGAUUCUUAUGAGGAAUUUACGCAUGAAUUUUUGCUUCUUUUCACUCGUCAAUAAUGGUAUGCAAUUAGCACAUUAAAGACAAUAGUGAAAGGUUAUAGACCAAAGAGAGAGCAUCAUCCUCAUUUGAAUUCUAUUUUAUUGUGUAUCAAAAUGAAUUCAAUUUCACAAUUAUUCAAUCAUAUACCACAUUUAUAUUAAUCUUAAGUUCCCCUAUGUGUUUAGCAAUAAAUUGACUGAUAAUUAAUUGCCCCCUUUAUAUCAUAUUUUUAAUAUUUUUUGUAUAGUGGGCGGUUUUCCUACAAAAAUUGCUUUUAAGUAUGGUGUCUUUAUCUUCUUCCCCUUUUUCCAGGAAGAUAGAAGGACAGACCAUCCGCAAAUACAACGUGAAUUAAAGCUGUACAAAAUCCUUUUAGGAGGAAGUAAUAAACUAUUAUUGCCAAAAGUUACGUGUAAUCUAUCUUGUUUUAUUUUCGACACGGGAUUAACUUUCUUUUCAAUUGUGUAGCUGGAAUUCCGCACGUGAGAUGGUAUGAUGUUGAACGUGACUAUAAUGUUCUCGUGAUGGACUUAUUAGGACCAAGUCUCGAGGAUCUUGUCAAUCAAUGUGGUGGAAAACUAUCUUUGAAGAGUGUCCUAAUGCUCGCUGACCAAAUGGUAGAUUCUUUUCAAAAAAAUUCCUCAACCAUUAUAAUAUAAGCACGAUAUUCUAGUUUUACAUAUUUUUCUUGUAUAUACUAUUUUCUUGAUAUUUAUCAGAUCAAGAGGAUAGAGUAUGUUCAUUGUAAAUCUCUUCUGCAUCGAAAUAUAAAGCCUAAGAAUUUUCUCAUGGGCAUGGGAAGACAUGCAAAUAAGGUUGGGUUUAAGUAAAUUUCUUAUAAUUUUAUUUGAGAGUGCUACUAUCAUCCUAUAAUGCGGCCUAAUCAAUUUUAUUUCUUCAAUUUAGGUGUACAUAAUUGGCUUCGGCCAUGGAAAGAAAUUUAUAGAUACAAAUACACAUCAGCACAUCUCACACAGGUAUCUAGAUAGUUUUCAUAUUCAUAAAUAAGAUUUGUUCGCUGAACUUUUGUUGUUAAUCUAUGGAAUAUUAAAUUUACUUAAAUGCCCGGUACAAGGGUAACGAUGGGAUGCAAAGCCUCCAACACAAAACCAACAUGAAAUCACCAUAGAUGGAUGGGGUGGAUUGAUAGUUGCACAUCUACACAAUUGGAUGGUUUUCUUUAGGACCAUGUUGCAUGACAGAAUCAUUGAUACGUUGCUGUGGAUUUCCAUGUAUAAUCUUUGGAGAUGCGUCCACUCAUGUCUAUUUUGCAUGAAAGAAAUAUUUAUUUGCCGCUUGCUUGCUUUGGUUGGUUGGAAUUCUUAGAUAUUUUUGAACUGAAGCUGAUCGCAAUGAGAAGCUUGCUUUUGUUCUUGGAUAUUUUGUGCAAGUGUUUCCUACCCCCUUCUUAUUUCUGCACAUACUUGAGAGUUCUUAUUUGCGAUGUCUAAUGUGUCUUCAAAUCAUCAUAGAGAGAAUAAGAGUUUGAAACGGACAGGGAGAUAUGCCCAUUGUGGUAGAGGUAUGUGGCCAACAUUAAUUUAUUUCAUGUGCCAUAUUCGAUCAAUUUACCACGGGAAUUGCAAGCAUUGAAAGCCCUUUCUUUGGGUGAUAAGAACAAGGUAGGAGGGAUGAUCUAGAGUCACUCGGCUAUGUUCUCAUGUAUUUGUUAAGAGGAAGGUAAUCUUUUCUUCCCCAACUGUCGGCAAAAUAUUUAUGCGUGUAUUUAUUUUAUUAGUUGCUAAUUUUCUUUGCCUUUCUUCAGCCUAACAUGGGAAGACCUGAAAGGAGGCACUGAAAGGCAAAAAUACGAAAAAAUUAGUGAAAAGAAGGUUUCCAUGCCGAUUGAGGUAUUACCCAAAAAUCGUAAAAAAAUAAAAAUGAGUGGUAUCUUACGACGAUUCAUCCUCUCUCUCUCUCUCUCUCUCUUUAUCUCUCUCUUCCCUUCUUCUAAAUAACACUACGUUCAUCUCUCUUGUAGGCCCUGUGUCAUGGAUAUCCUAUAGAAUUUGCAUCAUAUUUCUAUUAUUGCCGCUCCCUCUGCUUUGACGACAAACCUAACUAUGCUUACUUGAGAGAAAUAUUUCAUGGUCUCUUUAAGCGCGAACGUAAGAUGAUUAAUGUCUAUAUAUUUAUACUUACACAAGCCGUGACGUUUACGUCACGGAGUUGUAAUCACCACUAAUCUUGGAGACGUCCCCUCGUUCGUAGGUUUUCAGUUUGACUACGUAUUUGAUUGGACGACACCGAAGUAUCAACAAUCUCAACAUUCAAAGGAGCCUGCGCAUGUACCGGUGAGUGGGUUGUCACAAGAGCUCUGAGUAUAAUCCUCACGUCAUCUUCGGAAAUUUCAGAUAUUUAUAUGCCCAUGAAAAUGCCGAUCUUUUUUUUCUUUGUCACAGGGUCCUACUCAUAAGCCAAACAAUACGUUGCGCCUCCCAAUAGCCAAUGCCCGUGGACACCCGGGUGAGUCUACUGGCCAAGCUCAAUUCCUCUUUUCUCUACGUGAAGUAUGAAUAUUAGUCUGCCCUUCUUCAUAAAAAGAUGCUCCUCUUGGAUUCUAGUUCGUGCUCACUGGUUGCUCCCUGCUUGUGAUAGCUUCAGAUAUUUUAAAGCUUCUCUCUCUCUCUCUCUCUCUCUCUCUCUCUCUCUCUAUAUAUAUAUAUAUAUAUAUAUAUAUAUAUAUUUGGUCCUUGAAGAUUCACACAUGAAUGAGUUCGAUCAUAUGCCUUCCCUUCUAAAUCAGACAUUGUGAAUGGAUUUGACAUGGCCAUUUUCUAUCUGAUCUUUAGUUACUUCCGAGACAAGUGAUCUACUUAAGCCUCGUCCACGCCCGACCAUCCUCAUCUAGAGUUCAUGGAUCAUAUUCCCGACACUUGAUUAGCUUCAUUUCAACUUCUACGAGAUGCCUUUGCUUCACCAUUGAAUUCGACCGAUCUCUCAUGUCUCAGGGCGAGCAGUCCAAAAAAAAGAGUAUGAUCAUCCAUGGAGAAGCUACGUGGCGGCAUCUAGCACUGGAGCAGUGUACCAGUCUUUCAUCUCUCUGAAAUUGCAAUUUGGUACCAUCCUAUACUCUUUCAAUUCCAAAGGCCAUGAUCGCCCGCUGCGUUAGAAUUACAGUGGACUCACGUUUGCAUUCUCCACUUUGCAUGGUUUUUAACUAGACAAAAAUCUCAUAUCGGAUUGUAUUGAAUUUGGCAGCUGUUUCUCUCUCUCUCUCUCUAUCUCUCUCUCUCUCUCUCUCUCUCUCCUUAUCUAUCUUUUGGUGGGCAUGGCAUGCAUUAUGUGAAUCCACGAUUGUUGACUGAGGUUUAAUCACCAAGGUAGGUGGGCCUCCCCAUUUGGGUCCCAUGAUUCCCCGUGAGUUCACAUGUCGGCCGGCCACUUGACUAGUACCAGUGAGGCCCACAAGCAGCAAGGGUAGCUCUUUGGUCAAGACAGGUCAUUGACCCUCACCGAUCACAUUGACCACCGCGUCCCAGCACAGAGAGAAAGAGAGAGAGAGAGAGAGAGAGAGAGAGAGAGAGAGAGAGAGAGAGAGAGAGAGAGAGAGAGAGAGAGAGAGAGGAGGGAGAAGUUACCAAAUGGAGUAAAUUAAUACAUGAUAAACUAAAACACUUAGAAUAG